AUUUGAUUUAUUACUAUUACUCUAUCUCUAACACUUUUCAUGUUGUCUAUAUGAGACGUUCCUCAAUAUCUGCUAUAAAGUGCUGCAUCAGCUAGGUGUCUGUCACUUGAUAGGUGGUUGUCCCAGGAAGAUGGCAGGUGAGGACAACCCGAGUUAUCAAACAUAAUUGUAGUCUUUCAAUAAUGCUGCCGCGAGUGUCCAAGAUCAGCCCCAGGCGGUUCUGGCGUCCGCUCUUCAGACGCAGCUUUUCCGCCUCGUCACGCUGGAGCGUGAUCAGAGACAUUUCAGCGUUGGAACCGCGUCUAUCUCCUAGAUACCAAGAAUGUCGUGAUGGCGACCUCCUGUGUCUUGAAUGGCCGGCACCUCCUCGGAACAUCCUGCUUGUGAAAAAAGAUGGUGAACCCUCAGUGACCGAGUCGCUUGUGGAAUUUGCUAGUCAUAUCACAAGCACAUACCCUUCCAUCUCUCUCGUUCUCGAGCCACAUACCGCCGCCGAAGUGCACCAGACACUUUCCACUCCUGUUUAUACAUCUACUGCCGACGAGCAGCUCCCAGUUGCAGUGCAUGAGAAGGUAGAUCUGGUUGUCACUUUUGGCGGAGACGGAACGAUUCUCCGGGCCGCCUCGUUCUUUGCGACCUGCUACAAUGUGCCGCCCGUGCUGUCCUUCAGCAUGGGCACUCUGGGUUUCCUGAGCGAGUGGAAAUUUGCAGAGUACAAGCGUGCUUUUCGGGAGGUCUACAUGUCCGGCGCCGGGGUAGGCGAUCGAACGAUGGUCCUGGACUGUCCUCGGCCCACCUCUAGUGAUGAACGGGUCGAGUCCGAGAUGGGGCCGACAGGGUGGUCAUCCAUCCGGGGCAAGUCGAUGGGCUCGACCCGCGGCGCCCGGAUUCUGAUGCGGAAUCGACUCAAGCUCGGUGUGUUCACGCGCGACGGUGCGCCCGUCCACCCGAAUGACGGGUCACGACUCCCCGCGGUCCAGGCCGAGCACCCGGGCAUCUACGCGAUGAACGAAGUGCUCAUCCACCGCGGUAAGGAACCGCACUUGGCAAUUGUAGACAUCUUUGUAGGCGGACGCUUCCUAACGGAGGCGGUGGCCGACGGGGUCAUCAUCUCGACGCCGACGGGCAGCACGGCCUACAGCUUAAGCAGCGGAGGUAGCAUCGUGCACCCGCUGGUGCCCUCGUUGCUGCUGACGCCCAUCUGCGCGCGCAGCCUGAGCUUCCGGCCGCUCGUCCUGCCGACGAGCACCCCGGUGACCCUGCGGCUCAGCGAGAAGAACCGCGGGCGCGAGCUGGAGGUGAGCAUCGAUGGAAUCAAUAUCGGCCGCGGCAUGACCGUGGGGAUGGAGGUCCGGGUGUGGGACGAGGAGAUGCGACGCGGUGAGAACGACUGGCAUGGGGGCGUGCCUUGCGUGAUGCGGAGGACCAUUGGCGGGGAAGCGCAUGAAGGAUGGGUUGGCGGACUGAAUGGGCUGCUGAAGUUCAACCAUCCUUUUGGCGAGGAGCCUUGAUUAUCUUUUUAUCUUUUGCACUGUCUCUUCUUGUACUCCGUAAUUAUGAUGUGCUCCAUAUCUCCGUACUCUAGAGCCUCGAUAUCCACAUCUACCGAUCCAUUCAUCUCACCAUCCACUCCAUGAUCUCAUCUUAUGGUUUGUCAAGUCGUAUAAUGAAACAGGGUCAACUGGUUCGCUGUUAGCGUGUUUGGCGAGGCGUUCUGCGUGGAGCUGGACAGCCUCGAGAUGACGAAGAAUGUCUAUUAUAGGCUGGGAGUGUUCUGUUAAUGGGAACCCAAUGAUAUUAUUCCCC